GUGAUCUCAGCCUCGAUGAUACGCCAUGCCCCACUGAAGCCGACUCUUCAUCAGACCUGCUGCCAGCUCUUCUCUCCUUUUCCUCCUCCCCCCUCUCCUCCUCUGCCCCUUCAUCCUUUCCUAUUCCUCUUUGUGUCCACCAUGGUCUUCUCCUGUUCCUCUCUGCUCCUCCUCCCUCUCCUCUCCCUUGUCCUCUUUUCCUCCCCUAUCCUCUCUGCCCCUGCUGCUCCUCCGCCUCCCUCCGUGCCAUCGGGCAGAGUGGUGUACCGGGCCUUUGACACCUCCCUCACCCACCUGACUGUCCACCAGAGUACAGGUGAGGUGUAUGUCGGAGCAGUGAACCGAGUGCUGAAGCUGUCAGCUAAUCUGACGGAGCUGCGGAGUCACAUGACCGGACCUGUGGAGGACAAUGCUAGCUGUUACCCUCCACCCAGCGUCAGGUCCUGCGCUCAUCGACUGGAGAUGUCGGAUAACGUGAAUAAGCUCUUACUAGUGGAUUAUAUUGGAAACAGACUGGUGGCAUGCGGCUCCAUCUGGCAGGGCGUCUGUCAGUUCCUCAGGCUGGAGGAUCUCUUCAAACUGGGGGAACCGCAUCACCGCAAGGAGCACUACCUGUCUGGAGCCCGAGAGGCUGACGGGAUGGCAGGUGUGAUUGUUGAAGACCACUGGUUGGAUGACCCGAAGAGAAAGAAGCUGGAGAAGACCAAGAGCCACUUGUUCAUCGGAGCCGCCAUCGAUGGAAAGUCGGAAUAUUUUCCCACGCUGUCCAGCAGGAAGCUGGUGGUUGAUGAGGAGAGCGUCGAUAUGUUCUCUCUGGUUUACCAGGAUGAGUUCGUCUCCUCGCAGAUCAAGAUCCCGUCCGACACCUUGUCACUCUACCCCGCCUUCGACAUCUACUACGUCUACGGCUUCUCCAGUCGCACGUACGUGUACUUCCUGACGCUGCAGCUGGACACACAGCUGACUCAGAUGGAUGCUGGAGGAGAGAACUUCUUCACGUCUAAGAUUGUGAGGAUGUGCUCUGAUGACACAGAGUUCUACUCAUAUGUGGAGUUUCCUCUGGGCUGCACAAAAGAUGGCAUAGAGUACCGAUUGGUCCAGGCUGCCUACAAGCAAAAACCAGGGCGGCGGCUGGCACAAGCGCUCGGCCUUUCUGAAAGCGACGACAUCCUGUUUGUCGUCUUCUCACAGGGUCAGAAGAAUCGGUCCAACCCACCAAGAGAGACGGUCCUCUGUCUGUUCACCCUCCAUGACAUCAACCUGGCCAUGAGAGAAAGGAUCCGCUCCUGUUACCGUGGAGAGGGACGGCUCUCGUUACCGUGGUUACUGAACAAAGAGCUGCCCUGCAUCCACACUCCGAAGCAGAUCGGAGAUGAUUUCUGCGGUUUGGUACUGAACCAGCCACUCGGAGGCCUGAGGGUGAUCGAGGGACAGCCGCUGUACGAGGACCGGACUGAGGGCAUGGGCGCCGUGGCCGCAUACACCUACGGGGAGCACACGGUGGUGUUCGUGGGAACCCGGAGUGGACAGCUCAAGAAGGGUUUUUAUUCUCAGGCAGGAGAGAUAAACAGCACGGAGACAGGAAGCAGGACUGAUGCAGGAUUAAAGCAAAUGUGAGCAGUGACAGUUCAGGACGGGGCCGGUGUCUCCGCACAGAUGCUCUCAGCCUUGUUGAAGUUGUAAAGUUGUCUCAGCGGUGUCGGACAACCUCACAGAAAGCUGCAGAGACGCUCAGACUGUCUGCUGCUGUCAGAAAAAUGCCCCACUUAGCUGCACAAGAUGUCUGUUUUCUGUCUCCUUCAGGGCUCGGCAGUCGGUUAAAGACUCGCCGUUUCCCACAGCACAAACUCUGUCCUCUCUGGAGGAUUUAAGACUUUGCUGAGCGGCAGAAAGCUUCCCUACACUCUUUGGGUAAAACUAACAACCUAAACCAAGUGAAAAGGACAGAACAGACGUGUAAAGUGGACCGUAAGCUUGACUGCGCUCUGACAUUGACUCCAGUGCAAAAUUUCAUCCAGUAAAGCACAAGUAGAAUUUACAAGUCUCAGACUGUCUGAGAGUCAAACGAGUGCGUCUGGCAAGGAGCACCUUCGCAAAAACAAAUAAAGGAUUAUCUUAGAAAAGGAAA